CCCCGCCCAGCGUGGCGCCCCCGGGCCAGGCCCGCCACCCGGGACCUGGGCUGGGGUGCGGCGGGAACCCGGAGCCCGGCGCCCCUAUGGGCCGCCUCGCCGCCGCCGCCGCGCCACAGCUAUGACCCUGAGCACGGAGAUGUCCGAUGCCUCCGGCCUCGCCGAGGAGACAGACAUCGACGUGGUGGGGGAGGGCGAGGACGAGGACGACGAGGAAGAGGAGGACGACGACGAGGGCGGCGUCGGCGGCGGCGGCGGGCACCGCCUGGCUGUCCCCGCGCGGCGGCGGCGGCGGCGGCGCUCGUACGCCGGGGAAGACGAGCUGGAGGACCUGGAGGAGGAGGACGACGACGAUGACGUCCUGCUGGCUCCGCGGACCCGGGGCUCCCCGGCGCCCCCGGGUCCAGCCCCGGGGGCGGGGGCCGGGGCCGGGGGCGGCAGCGGCGCGGGCACGGGCGGCGGCGGCGUGGGCGCGGGCGCGGGCGGCGGCGCCAAGAACCCGCUGGUGAAGCCGCCCUACUCGUACAUCGCGCUCAUCACCAUGGCCAUCCUGCAGAGCCCCAAGAAGCGGCUGACGCUGAGCGAGAUCUGCGAGUUCAUCAGCGGCCGCUUCCCGUACUACCGGGAGAAGUUCCCCGACUGGCAGAACAGCAUCCGCCACAACCUCUCGCUCAACGACUGCUUCGUCAAGAUCCCCCGCGAGCCCGGCAACCCCGGCAAAGGCAACUACUGGACGCUCGACCCCGAGUCCGCCGACAUGUUCGACAACGGCAGCUUCCUGCGCCGGAGGAAGCGCUUCAAGCGGCAGCCGCUGCUCCCGCCCAACGCCGCCGCCGCCGAGUCGCUGCUGCUGCGCGGCGCGGGGGGCGCGGGGGGCGCAGGGGACCCGGCCGCCGCCGCCGCCGCCGCGCUUUUCCCGCCCGCGCCCCCGCCGCCCCCGCACGCCUACGGCUACGGCCCCUACGGCUGCGGCUACGGCCUGCAGCUGCCGCCCUACGCGCCGCCCUCGGCCCUCUUCGCCGCCGCGGCCGCCGCCGCCGCCGCCUUCCACCCGCACUCGCCUCCACCGCCCCCGCCGCCGCCGCCGCCGCCGCCGCCCCACGGCGCGGCCGCCGAGCUGGCCCGGACCGCCUUCGGCUACCGGCCGCACCCGCUCGGCGCCGCCCUGCCCGGCCCCCUGCAGGCCUCGGCGGCCAAGGCGGGCGGCCCGGGCGCCUCGACGCUGGCGCGCUCGCCCUUCUCCAUCGAGAGCAUCAUCGGGGGCAGCCUGGGCCCGGCCGCCGCCGCCGCCGCCGCCGCGCAGGCCGCCGUGGCCGUGCAGGCCUCGCCCUCCCCAUCUCCCGGGACGCCCUCCGCGCCCGGGGCCGGCGACGGCGGCGGCGGCGGCUGUGCGGCUCAGGCGGCCGUGGGCCCGGCCGCCGCGCUCACCCGCUCGCUCGUGGCCGCCGCCGCCGCCGCUGCCUCCUCCGUCUCCUCCUCGGCCGCCCUGGGGACUCUGCACCAAGGGACUGCCCUGUCCAGUGUGGAGAACUUUACUGCUAGGAUCUCAAAUUGUUAAUAACGCUAUGUUAGCGCGCUUGAGAAAGAGAAGCCCACCUAAGGAAGAGGAGACACUGGAACCCGGAAGGUCUGGAUGUCACUGGCGCCCCGGGUGGACAGACUUUAGCAGGCGGAAUCCAAACCGCACAAGCACUGCUGGCGGGCCUCG